GAAACUCCGUCAACUGUUGGAGAGGUUUUUUGAAGAGAAAACUACAAUUCCCUCAGAGCUCCUCGAAAGUGCUGCUUGUCAAUAUGGCUGUUGUCAGACAGACAAAGCGGAGAGGCAAAUAAUUCGCCUCUGAUUAGAAAUCCUUGGGAAAAAAAGAGUCGAACGGGGCACUGACAUCAAACUGCGUUAUUACCGGGCCUCGGUUUAAGUCGAGGUGAUCUUUUGAUCGUUUCUUCAAGUUAGAUGGUGAAGUGGACAAUAUAAACAGAGUUCAGCAUCAGGAUGUCUGACUUCAGCGAGGAACCUCGCUUCACUAUCGAGCAGAUAGAUCUGCUGCAGCGGCUGCGCCGCUCCGGCAUGACCAAGCAGGAGAUCCUGCAUGCGCUGGAAACUCUGGACCGGCUGGACCGGGAGCACGGCGACAAGUUCGGUCGCCGCACCUCAUCCUCCUCCUCUUCCUCCUCCGCCUACAUGGUAGGCGGGACAAACAGCUGCACCAACAACUCUGCCUCCAACAACACUGCCUCCGCAACCACCACCUCUUCCGUGACGUGCAACGGCGCCAUCAACAAUGGCGAAGACGGCGUCGGCGACCACUCCGCAACCACUGCCUCCUCUACGACCUCCAAGAUAUCCACAGCCACGCAGACGCAGUUUGGCAGCAACGGCGGGGGGCUCUCGCCCUCUCUUAGUAACAACUAUGACACCUCCCCACCUCCAGCGCCGCCGCCACCCUCCACCAUCUUGCCCUCACCUGUCUCACUGGUGGCGUUGUCACAGAAUGGGCGUGACAGUCUAGCUGCCACACCCAACGGAAAGCUGUCUCCUCCUCGCUACCCUGUCAACAGCGCCGCAGCAGUAAGAACCUUUGGGUUCGAGCCUAUAGAAGAGGACCUUGAUGUUGACGAUAAAGUGGAGGAGCUGAUGAGGAGGGAUAGCAGCAUGGUAAAAGAGGAGAUUAAAGCCUUUCUGGGGAACCGCCGGAUCUCGCAGGCUGUGGUGGCACAAGUCACUGGCAUCAGCCAGAGCAGAAUCUCCCAUUGGCUGCUGCAGCAUGGCUCCGAUCUGAGUGAGCAGAAGAAGAGGGCCUUCUACCGUUGGUACGCGCUGGAGAAAACGACACCAGGUGCCACUCUGAACAUGCGGCCGGCGCCAUUGCCUCUGGAGGAGAUGGAGUGGAGGCAAACUCCUCCUCCACUGGCCACAGCCCCGGGAACUUUCCGACUUCGGCGGGGAAGCCGCUUCACUUGGAGGAAGGAGUGUCUGGCUGUGAUGGAGAGCUACUUCAACGACAACCAGUACCCAGAUGAAGCCAAAAGGGAGGAAAUUGCCAACGCCUGUAAUGCUGUUAUUCAGAAACCAGGGAAGAAGCUAUCUGAUUUGGAGAGGGUCACUUCCCUCAAAGUUUACAACUGGUUCGCGAACCGCCGCAAAGAAAUCAAGAGGCGAGCUAACAUUGAAGCCACAAUCCUGGAGAGUCAUGGGAUAGACGUGCAGAGUCCAGGAGGACACUCCAACAGUGACGACAUUGACGGGAACGAUUUCACAGACCAGGCAUGUGAUCUGCCAUAUUUUGACAAGAGACCUCUCAGCCGACAAUUUGGCCUUUACCGCUUGGAGCCCAGCUCCCCUACACAGGAUGACAACGCCGCUCACAGCGAGCACCAGGAUCCCAUCUCCUUGGCUGUGGAGAUGGCCGCAGUCAAUCACACCAUCUUGGCCCUGUCUAGAACCGGAGGGGUUCCCAGUGACAUCAAGACAGAAGUCCUGGAGGACGACUGAACGGCGAGAGGGGAGGAAGCAACAAGAAGCCAAAGGGAAGGAGGAAUUUUAAGGUGCAUUUUCCAGCGCAGGGACCUUACCUGGAAACUAGGAGCUUUUAGAGGACCCUUGUGUGUUUGGAUAUAUCUAAGUUCAGUUCAUUGCUAGAAGAAGACCCCUACUUAGAGGUAUUACAUACUUCAGGUUUAAAGACAAAAAAGUUCCUGGGCCUCGUAAAAGUACUUUCUAAAAAAUCCAGGAACAGAAUUUAGGAUAUGGUUCCCAUGGUCCAAACACGCAACGUUCCUCCAAGAGUUCCUAAUUCCAGGGUGUUCCUUGUUCCUUCCGAGACCUUAUUCCUUCCAAAACCGAACCGACAUGACUGAUCGUCUCAACUUCCUGAUGUAUUAACUAAUCGUACAACUAAAGAAAAAGGAUACUACCAUCCCUGAAAAAAAGAUAACGUAGAAGUCCUGGCCUUUUCUCACAACCAAGUUCCAGUUGUUUCCCGUCCUCUUCGUCCCUGAACACUCUCCUCUUCUUUUCCUCCCCCACACUCCUCCUUACCUCU